AUGUCCUCGCUCCCGUUCCCGCCCGCGCUCCGCCUGCGCGCGUCGUCGCCCUCGGCACCGGCACCGGCGAAUCGGAGGAAGCACGCGGCGCGCGCCUCGGUCGUGGCGGCGCUGGGCGGCGACGGCGGGUGCGGGGGGAGCGGGAUGGAGCAGCUCCGCCAGGGGAAAGCUUCCGGCAGCCCAGUGCAAGAGAAGCCUGUCAUGUCAAACAUUGGGAAGUCGACUAAUAUUCUGUGGCAUGAUUGCCCAAUCGGACAGCCUGAGAGGCAGAAAUUGCUGGGGCAAAAAGGAUGUGUCAUAUGGAUCACAGGACUCAGUGGUUCAGGUAAAAGCACCGUUGCCUGUGCAUUGAGCCGGGAGUUACACUGCAGAGGCCACCACACAUAUGUCCUUGAUGGUGACAACCUCAGACAUGGUCUGAAUCGAGAUCUAAGCUUCAAGGCAGAAGACCGUACCGAAAAUAUACGCAGAGUUGGAGAAGUUGCAAAACUUUUUGCAGAUGCUGGUACCAUAUGCAUUGCUAGUUUGAUAUCUCCAUACAGGAGAGACCGUGAUGCAUGCCGAGCUCUACUUCCAGAUUCUAGAUUUAUUGAGGUAUUUAUGGAUUUGCCACUAGAAUUAUGUGAAGCUCGUGAUCCUAAAGGUUUAUACAAGCUUGCACGCACAGGAAAGAUUAAAGGCUUCACCGGAGUUGAUGAUCCAUACGAAUCACCAGUGAAUAGUGAGAUAGUAAUUAAGAUGGAAGAUGGGGAGUGCCCUUCACCCAAGGCAAUGGCCAUGCAAGUUCUGUUCUACCUUGAAAAGAACGGAUAUUUGCAGGCUUAGCUAUAUCUGAACGGAGGGAGUAUAUCUGAGAAGAUUGAUCUUAUUCUUCUGUGUCCAUAACUCAUGGACACAGGUACGAUCCAUUUGGUCCCGAAUAAGAGGUGUUAUUGAAGCAACAAGCUGCCUUUUCAUGAAGAGAGGGACGCACAUCCAUUUGUUAAUUUUAUUGUCCUAACUACUAUUACUAUAUGCUACUCGUUUCUUGUGUAUUUGUGCUAUAAAAAAAAUGAACUCUUGCUUAUUUGGUUAGGAGGGUGUAAAAGUCGUUUGCUGAUUCUUGGUGAAAUGGUGAUGUAUUAUUUGAUUCUGGGUCUCUGACGUAUACAAAUA